AUGCGGGUUCCGUCUUUGUGGCUGGCAGCCAUCUGGCUCCAGUCACAAACCACCCCCUGGGGGGCCGCACGCCCGGGGGGAGUGGGGGUCGUUCCUUCCCCCCUUCUCCCCUUUCUCCGCUUCUCCUUCUCCCCCGCCCUCUCCCCUUCCCCUGUUUCCUCCGGCCUUUCCCUCGCCCCCUCCCUGUCUCCCCCGUCGUCGGCGUGGUCGUUUCGUCGCCUGGUCGUCGUCGUCGUCGUCGUCGUCGUCGUCGUCGUCGUCGUCGUCGUCGUCGUCGUCGUCGUCGUCGUCGUCGUCGUCGUCGUCGUCGGGGGGCGGUCCCGGGCUUCCCUCCGGUCUGUGGCCCCCCGUGGGGGUGGCGUCCGAGGCAGCGGCUUCUGGUUUAAACCCGCGGCGUCCUGCCAGAGGAAUGAAUGUCCAGGCCGCUCGUCGAAGAACAGCUGCCACCCGCAGCGCUCGAGGAGGGGUGUUGUCCUCUCCUCUGCCUCCUCCAUCCUCUUCCCGUCCGUCGCCGUAUUUUUUUUCCGCAUCGGGCUGCCGAUCCCCGACUCCGAGAUGACAGGUUUGCUCUCGGCUGUGGAUGCCCAGGACGCUCGUUCUGAGCGUGCAGCCGUCUCCCUCCUUUGCCCUGCUCUCCUCCGCCUUCUCGCCUCUCCUCUGCCCCCCUCCUCGUGUCCAGGGUGUGUGGGCGCCCUGGCGUUCCGAUUAGCGCCGUCGCGCCGCUUGCACGGCCAGGGCAUGCUGGCAGACCUCUGA